UUUAUGAUCAAAACAAUUGAUUAUAAUUUGUAUGAAACAUAUCUUCGGAUUGUCUGUUGAUCUGAAGCGAUGACCCAAUACUUGCCACCGAAUCUGUUGGCUCUGUUCGCGCCUCGAGAGCCGAUCCCUUUCCUACCGCCGGCACAGAAGUUGCCGCACGAGAAGAAGACCAGAGGCUAUGCGGGCGUCGGACACCUUCUCUCAAACUUCGAGGACCCGAAGGACACACCUCUUCCCACACGACUCGAGACCAGAGAGGAGAGGAUUGAACGCAAACGUCGGGAACGGGCAGAACAGGCGGCCUAUAAACUGGAACAGGGAAUCGCUCUUUGGGAUCCGUCGUCGUCGACAACCGCCACCUCUGAUCCCUAUAAGACUUUAUUUAUCGCACGAAUCAAUUACGACACGACUGAAGCCAAACUGAGGCGUGAGUUUGAGGCCUACGGACCCAUUAAGAAGAUAGGGAUGUGUGUAGACAAGGUUAGCGGCAAACCCCGGGGCUAUGCGUUCAUAGAGUUUGAACACGAGAGAGAAAUGCACUGUAAGUUUGAUUUAAUUCAAUUGUUAGCGUUAAUUGAGUUGUGUUUUGAGCGCGAGUUCUGCUCUAAAGCGUUGAUUUUG